AUGAGAAUGUAAAAGAGAAUAUAUUUGGAUCUCCAAAUAAUUGGAUUUAAUAUUUUUAUGACAUUACUUUGUUUGUUCUUUGCAUUUCCUGGAUACAUUAUGACUAUUCCAAUAACGAUAAUGUUGAAUAUGUAUGCAGAGAAAGAAAGGAAAACUGCCUUAGCUGGAUCUAAAGUUAAGAUAUCUGGUAAGGAUGUAGUUGCAUCAUUUAAAGUAUUGGCAUCAAUAAUUAUUGUUCCUAUUUCAGUUAUAAUUUAUACAAUUCUAUUUUAUUUAUGGUUGACUGCUUAUAAUAUAGUUGAUGAAGAGUAUACUUUUAGAUAUACAAUAAUAUUUUUAUUGAUGUGGCCAAUUUAUAUUACUGCCAUGAUUAGAUCAAAUGAUGGAUUAAUUAGACAUGCCAGAAAAGUAAAUAGUUAAAUCUUAUUCUAUUUAUAUGAGAAUAAAUAUAGAAAAUUAAAGAUACAAAGAGAAGAAUUAUAAAAUAAAGUAAUAGAUAAAAUUUAAAUUAUUUUAGAUUAGAAAGUUAGUUGAUACUUUUGGAGAAGAAGUAGUAUAAGAUUUUAAUCAAAAUAGAAUUGUUCAAAAAAAUUAAUUAUAAUCACCAAAAUCAGUUGCUGAAUUAGAUAUUUAGAAUGUAUUUGAAUCUCUUUUAGAGUUGGGAAUUUGA